AUGGCAACGGAAAAUAACCAUCUCGACGUCGUGGAGUUGAAUGUUGGUGGUGUAGCAUACGCAACCACGUUGGGUACGUUACAACAAGCCGAACCCGAUUCACUGCUGACAUCAAUAAUAUUGUCAAAUACGUCUGAAAUUCGAGCUGUAUUCGGACGUGACAGUAAAAACCGUAUUUUCAUUGAUCGUGAUGGUGUUCUCUUUCGCUACGUAUUGGAUUAUUUGAGAAAUCGAAAACUAUCAUUACCCGAGAAUUUCUCUGAGCGUGAUCGACUUCGCAAUGAAGCUGAAUAUUACCGUCUGACUGGCAUGAGUCAAGCGCUGGGACAAACACGUUCAUCUCACAGUGCCAAUGGUAAACAUUCCAGUGAAAAUCUUAUCUCUAAAGCAGCAACAAUUAAUUCGAUUGAUCUUAAUUCAUCGAUGUUGAGUUCUUCUCGGGGACUACCUGUUCCUCGUUCCAAUUCCGGAUAUAUUGUCAUCGGUUAUCGUGGUACUUUCGCUUUUGGUCGGGAUGGCUUAGCUGAUGUCAAAUUUCGAAAAAUCUCACGUAUACUCGUCUGUGGGCGUGUGCACCUUUGUCGUGAAGUCUUCGGCGAAACAUUAAAUGAAUCUCGGGAUCCCGAUCAUGGUCAAACAGAUCGUUACACAUCACGAUUCUUUCUGAAACAUACAUUUCUCGAACAAGCAUUUGAUAUGCUUAGUGAAGCUUCAUUCUCCAUGCUCGGUUGUGCAGCCAGCGGUUGCAGCAAUUCAACUAGUGAAAUCGGAAAACAGACUGAUAACGAAGAAAAUCGUUGGUUACACUACAAUGAGUUUGUCUUUUAUCGCAGUUGA